AUUGUGCCUACCGAAGUUAGGCCAUUCCCCUCCAUGCACGCCUCAGACGGGUUCAAGCAACAACCACAUUCGUCAUGAGUUGGCGAUAGCAUCCCCAUUACCUCCAUCAAGAUGCCCGCGCCUUCCUAUCCGAUCCCCCCUUUUCUUUCCCCCCUCCAUCUCUACCGCCACAUCCUCCGCGAAGUCUCAUACCUCCCGCCUGCCUUCCGAGCAACCAUAUCAUCCAGGAUACGGAAUCGCUUCCAUCGACACCGAAAAUAUGACCCGCGAGCGAAGGCCCAUCUCUCCAGGGCCUCGAACACCCUGCGGACGCUGAGAGCCGCCAACAGCGGAGACCCUCGUGCAAUGGGUGGUCUCAUCUCCAAAGGCUUCGGGCGGUCCGGUGGCCGUCGACGGGAGCUCAUGGCCCAACUCGUCAAGCCUCAGGGGCCGAGUAAUUCACAGGAAUUGGAAGCGCUCCUCGAUCAGCCCAGCACAACGCACAGCUCAGCUUCAACGAGCGCAGCCGAAGCACCGUGCCCCAAGAAACCGAAGAAUGCCUUCUUCCUGAAGUGGGAUCAGAAGAAGCUGUUACAACUCAUGCAGUCGCAAAGAAAACAGCAUAAGGAUACCAGGGGCACCGCAAGCUGGCCCAGCAGGACACUCAAGGGCUCCGAUCCAAAUACAACCGUCCCGACUUCCACUAUAUGGGGCAAGCCUCCGGCCGAGAGCCUCAUUCGAACAAAAAAGGCACGCUGGUGGAAGCUAAACGCCGAUAAGAUCAUGCCUCCGCUGGGUAAAGGCGAGUGGGACUUGCUGGAGCGACUCAGUAAUGGCGCCCAAGGCGAAGCCGAAUGGGCGGUCCCUGCGAGACGGCCGACGGCAAAGCCAGUUGCAGGACCGGAGAGCAUGGCAGAAUCGUUCGACUGGGAGUCUUGGGCGACCCAACCUGCCGCCACGGUUGAAAGGCGAAACUCCAUGUGGCAAAGAAAGCGGUCGGGCGGCAGUGACAACGGCCCGUACGCCGGCAGGGAGCAAACGAGUUACUUUCCAGCAAGGUGGUUCAGGAGAGCCUACAAUAGGACCUGGCAGCUGACUCCAACAAUGAGUCAAGAUCCAAAGACCCUACGCUACUCCUUCAGAUGGGGUUCGGUCCAACCCAAGUUUCCUCCUCCAACCGCGGCACAACUUGAGAUCUUUGAGGGCGUGGACGAGCAAGGUCACAGGGUCCGCGAGGGUUCUGUUUCAUGAGAUCAUCUCCAUUACGCGAGUCUAUACCGCACCCGCACGACUUUGCAACCCCUCGAAGCGGCGCGAUCGAUUUCAGUCCAGGAGGUGCGCCAGCUUCUCCAGGUUGGGGCCGUCGACUCGCAUGCCAACCCACUCGUCGAGCGCCUUGGCUCCGAUGCUCUCAUAAAACUUGAUGCUCGGCUCGUUCCACUUGAGAACCACCCAUUCCAGGCGCGCACCCUUCAUGGCGACCACCUGUUUGGCCAGCUCAACCAGCAACCUCUUGCCGUAGCCGCGGCCCCUCUCCGACGGCUGGACGAAGAGAUCCUCGAGGUAGAUGCCCGGCCGCGACCGCCAAGUGCUGUAAUUGUAAAAGUACAGCGCCAUGCCGACAGCCUUUCCCUCGGGCGAGAAGAGGAGCAGGCAGCGCGCGGGCCGCGACGGCGAAGUCGGCUCGGUGUGGGGAACGGUCGCGGUGUCGGAGUUCUCGCCCGAGGGCGCGAAGGCGAUGGUCUCCUGGAUGGACUCGACGGUCGCCUCGACGGCGUCGGGCUCCUUUUCGUAAUCGGCGAGCGCCUGGAUGAGCUCCAGGAUCACGGGAGCGUCUGGGCGCGGCGGUUAGCUACAAACCGGUGAAACGAAGGUCCGCGACUUCUUUCUCUUCGCGAAGGCUUACCCUCGCGCCGGGCGUGUCGGACAGUCGCUUCGGGAGCCAUUGCGGAUGCAAAAGGUGUAUAUGUAUACUGUAUGCGCGCGACUGGAUGUACUCGGUACUCGAAGCUUCCGGGGCAAUUUGGGGCGACCCAAGAUCUUUAUAGUAGGAGCAUGUAGUGGCAAUUGGAAGGUUCGGCAAACCGCGUGGAUGUGGCCCUUUUAGCGUGUGGGGG